UGUGGUGAAGUUGACCUGUUAUGUAGUAUAAUGCACCACGCGCGGGCUCACGUUCGCAUUUAUCUCUCUUCUGUCAAGAUUCUCCAUCACCUCUCGAUAUUCUCAACUACGUUAAUUUUUCCUUAUCAAACGUUAAUCAAAAUAAAAUUAUGCAGCAAGAAAUUAAUUGAAGAACAACACUCCGAAAAUUUCAGCAAUAAUGGAGGCAAAUAAUAACUUUUCGAGAGAGACGGAACUCGAAAUGAAGAUAACAGAGCACAUACGAAACGAAAAAGAUCUCCGACUAAAAAUUGGAUUAAUCGAAAAACUCGCCCUCUGCAUGGAAGAGGAGGCAGAGGUUGCUUCCGGAAGGUUCUUAGAAUCCGACAACACAUCCGAAAUACUCAUGUCAAUCUCCAAAGAAAUGGCGGGAAAACUCCAAAUCGCUCAUGUAAAUCUCGUCGCUUCGAAUAACAGAGAAGAACAAGCAAACUCCAAACUUCGAGAUUUCGAAAAUCGGUUAAACGAAAAAGAAGCCCUAAUAUCGAAACUCUUAAACGAUAACGCUGAGGUAACGGAUUUACGAGAGAAUGUUCGAAUGCUAGAAGAGAAGGCCGCGAAUUUGACCGAAUUAAAUAUUGAAUUGACCGAAGAGCUCGAUUUUGUCAAGGGGAAUAACGACAGUAAUACGAAGAAGGCGAGUUUGCUCGAGAAACAGUUGAGGGAGUUUGAUGUACAGCUCCAACAUUCGAGGGCUUUGUCCGAAGCAAGCCAAGAGCAGCAGAAUAUGCUUUAUUCUGCGAUAUGGGAUAUGGAAACCCUAAUCGAUGAACUGAAGCAGAAAGUUGGUAAGGCUGAAAACGUGGCGGAAAAUGCCGAGGAAAAAUGUGUUGUUUUGUCGGAAAAGAAUUCGGAAAUGAGUUCUAGAAUGGAAUCCAUGGAGGAAUCUUUGGAGAAAGCUAGUCUCGAAAAGAAAUCGUGUGUUAAUGAAAUUAGUAUUAGGACAAGUGUGAUUAUGGAAAUGGUUACGGAAUUAGCAAUCGAGAGGGAGCGUAUAGAGAAACAGUUAAUAUCUUUGACGAAGGAAAACAAAUUAUUGAGAGGGAAAUUAGCGAACAAAAAAAAUAAUGCAUCUGUAGUUUUGACGGACAAUAGAAUCAAUGUGAAAGAAGUGUUUCUUGAUUCGGAAUCUGCAAAAUCGGGAAUCUCGUCGGAAAGUUUAACGGUGCAGAAAUUAACGGAGGAUGAUUCGAUAGACGAGAUUAACGAAGCGGGAUUUCCUUCUUCGGUAAAUCACAUCGUGGAGGCUGAGAAGUUCGGAGAAAAACGGAAUUAUCGAAGAAUAUAUAUAAUCAUGGCUAUUCUUGUUGUGGUGAUAUCAUGUUUAGCUGCACAUUUGUUUCAGAAAGAAAAAAAAAAUUAGACAUCCUUAAAGCUAUUCAAAAA